CAAAUACGAAAACACUAAAAAGGCGCUAACGCUGUGUUUCUGUGUUUUAUUUUUGAUAGACAAAUUUUUUAAUUUUUCAAAUCGUCGAAAUAUAUUAUAAUCAUGUUAAUAUAUCAAUUAUUCGUGUAAUAUUCCUUGUUUACGAUAAAUUCGCGUUGUAUAAAUCGAUCAUGUGUAGUUGAUCUUGGUAUCAAGAUGAUAUUGUGAAUAUCUGCCAGAGACAGUGAACGCAAAUUUUGAAAAAUGCCAACUCCAAAUUCAGAUUCAAAUAGCAGUAUGGAAAUUAGUUCUGCACCUUUAAACGUCGAUAGUACGGAUGGACUAUCUGAUUUAAUUAUGAUCAAUUCCGGCGAUCCUAACCUCGAUACAUUUUCCGCUUUACCAAUCGAAUUCGAAACUUCGGAUAGUUCGAUAGGAACUAUAGAAUCGGUAGAAGAAACAAUCAACAUCGAAUCAAAUAUACCAAUGUUGACUGAUAUAGCCGAAGAAACCAUUUACGAAACUGAAUUCUUCGACGAAAACGUCAGAUCGGAAAGUGACAACUGUGAUACAAGUUCCAAAACCCAACAAAUAGAUAUCGGUGAUAUACCCAUCGAAGUGAUCAGAAGUGACGAUAGUAUCGAAGAGAUUACCGACUUAACCCAAUUGAACGAUUUUAGUAAAUGUAGCGGAACGUCCGAUGAAUCAGAUUCAAAGAAUACGUUCAUGCUGCGAAAUGAAGAAUCCAUCUGUGAUGAUAGCAGUAGUGUGAACGAAGAACAUAUUUAUGUUACUUUGUCUUCGGAUAAUACCACCAUCGAAACGACCAAUACCAUCACUUUGGCUGAUACGAAAGAUACUUCCAAAAGUACCUACGUUAUGGAAAAUGUAACCCUUCAUAAUAAUUCUACCGUCGCUGAUUCUACGUCCGAUACGGUGGAAGUUGUAGUGGGAAACUCUAAACCCAACAAUACGUCUAUAUUCAAUAUUAGUCCAGUUGUUAGAAAAGUUCCCACAUUGGCACCGUUAUCUGUUCAGAAUACUUCGAAACUUGUGCCAAUCAAUAUCGCUCCGAAUUCGCUGAAAAGGCCUGCAGCUAUUUCUAUCGGGCAACCUUCGCCAAAUCUUCUUACCAAAGUAUUGGUGAGCCAAAACUCACGAUCGCUGUGCUUGAUUCAAAAUACCUGCGCGAAUCAAAGUCCAGUCAAGUCAAUUACAUUUGCUCAAGCUCAACAAAUGGGUUUAAUAGCUGCUGGUGGUAAACUUCACCCUAUUAGACCAUCAAUAACCAAGCCACAGGUCAAACCAAAAGUGGUCGUUAGCAGUGUAUCAACAGUCCCUCCAGCUCUUAAGAAAAUUCAACCAGUUAUAACGAAACCUUCAACGCCUACAAAGAUAUUACCAGCUCCUCUAGUCUCAACAAAUUCUACUACUGCCAGUCAGCCUCAAAAAAUCUUCAUACGACAGGUUCCUUCGCAAUUAAUACCUAAGCAACAGACAGGUCAGAUGAUAACCAUAUCAAAUCUGCAAACUCCCGUCAUCUCAAAUCACGUCUCACCAAAGAAGCAGGUGCAAUAUAUUAAACUGGUGAACAACAUAGGCAGCACGAAUAUGCCAACGGUGACCACAGCUAAGACUAAAAUACCUCCAUUGGUGCCUACGAUGACUAAAAUAGAUAAAGAUACGCCUAUUAUAGUCGCCUCGUCUAAUUUCACGACGGCCAGUUUAAAUGUUAAAAAUGCCACUACUGUUCAAACCUCCAGUACCAGCGGAACUUCCGGUAUUACAGUUGUACCCAUGUUAACUACAAAUGUUAAAACAACUCCUGGACAAAGGUUACUGUUACCGGCUGUCUCUAAAUCUAAGGAUACUCCUACGCAAUCUCUAUUGACUGAGUCGAAACAGCAGAAACCUGCUGGAAAUAUAGUUGUACUUCCCGAUGACGUGCUGGAAAAAAUUAAAGGAGAAUUGCUACAAACUCCUAUCAAACCUAAAGACGAGAUCAAGGUCGAACCUGGAAAAACAGACGUUCAAGAACCUGUACCAGAUCUAAGAUCUAUCACCAAAUCUCCUACGAAGCCUCUGGAAACUGGCAAUGGGCUGAGAUCGAGGAAACCCUGCAACUGUACGAGAUCUCAGUGCCUUAAAUUAUAUUGCGAAUGUUUCGCCAACGGAGAAUUCUGUAAUAAUUGCAACUGCGUUAGUUGCCAUAAUAAUAUAAGUCACGAAGAGAAUAGGCAGCAUGCAAUACGUUCGUGUUUAGAUCGGAAUCCUCAAGCGUUUAGGCCAAAGAUAGGUAAAGGAUUGGUGGGUUUGAGUGAUCGUCGCCAUACCAAAGGAUGCCACUGCAAAAGAUCUGGCUGUUUGAAAAAUUACUGCGAAUGUUACGAGGCUCAAAUACCUUGUUCGGAAAACUGCAAAUGUAUAGGAUGUAAAAAUGUCGACGACAUGUUGUUCGCUACCUCGUUUACGAAUAGUUUCGAAAAAUCUGACUCCCAAGUGGAAUUCCAGAACUUGACGAAAAAUAAAUUAACAGCCGAGAUCAACGAUGCGGUUGGCCAGAGUGGUAAUAGCGCCAAUCCGAGGCAUGCUUUCAGCUUCGUUAAAGAUCAAGUCGUUGAAGCCACUUGCCAAUGUUUACUCGCUCAAGCCGAAGAGGUCAAAAGACGAAACAUAAAUGUCGAAGAUGGAAAAAAAUACAUCAUCGAAGAAUUCGGACGGUGCCUUAUACAAAUAAUCGACUGCGCUAAAAAAUCCUGCGAUAAUGUUUCCGACAGAUACGUCAGUAGCUGAAAUUAUACGAUGGCUGAUUUCGCUAUCGAUCGCGUAGUACAAUUUUUCUUAUUAUUCAUUUUCCCAAGGUUAAUAAUUUUAAGCAUCAUUACGUUUUCGGUUUCUUCAUGUACCUGACAGGACCGAGUGUAGUGAAUUUUGUAUAUAUCUUGAUAUUGAACUUUUUUCCUCUCUUUUUUUUGGUGACUGUAUUUAAUAUGUAUGACAUAUUUGCAUUUUUUUUGCGGUGUGAAUAUUUGUAAUAUUAUCGUGUGCAAAAGUAAAAAAAUGGGCGUACCAUUCGAGUUUAAAUUUUGACCAUGGUUUUUUCACUUCCGUUCUCCCAUUUUAGGGCGGUAUGGUGGAAUAUUUAUUUAUUCUUUUAUUAUCGUUAAAUUUAUUAUGUAGAGUAUUGGACAUAUGUAUAUAAAAUAAAUUAUUUUACUAGUU